CCCUGGUUACUUUUUUGGCUGAUUUUCCACACAAAGAACUGAAAGGCGUUUAUCCCAAGGGAAGCAGUUCUUUUAGAUUUUACUAAGAAGUCAGCUAACACUUUCAACAUUCCCUUCUCUUCUUUGUUUUUAAAGAAAGUUCUCGUUUUUUGUUUCACUUUCAGCGGGAGACAUAAAUGACACCAAGCAAAGCUACUUAGUUUAGAUUUCCAGGCCUACCACCAACUUUACUGGAGCUUCAUUUAGAUUUUAAUAAAAUUUCAACAUUGGAACUUGAAGAAUUUAAACGAUACAAGGAACUGCAAAGAAGUUCAUUGGUGAAAAAAAAAAUCAAAUAUGAAGAGAGUGGUUUUGUUUUGUCUCAUUCUGCUUAUUGUUUUUGAAACUGAUUGUGAACUAAGUACUAGGAGGCAAAGAAGGAGGAUGGACCAGAGAAGACUCAGGAAAAGCUCUUCAUUCCACCCCAGAGCCACCACACAGCUUGAAGUUCAGCAAACCACUGCUGCACCAGAUGCUAGGUUACCCAUGGCCAACUCUGAUUACAGUAUAGAGGAAAACAUAGAAUCACUUCUAAGUAAUCGUGGAGUAGAAUCAAGUUACAGUGUGUUACCAGGAAAGAAAGGACACUGCUUUGUAAAGGGCAUGAUCAUGUACAACAAAGCUGUCUGGUCUCCUGAGCCCUGCACCACCUGCCUCUGCUCAAAUGGAAGAGUGCUUUGUGAUGAAACUUUGUGCCACCCCAAGGCGUGCCCCUAUACCAUUAAACCGGAAGGAGAGUGCUGCCCGAUCUGCUCUGAAGCUGAACAAGAAGAAUCCAUUCACAAACUUCACAAGCAAGUACCACCUCCUCAGAUGGAAAUGGACCAAGUAGCCAUAAAAGAAGCUCUUCAAUCUGAGGAGGAUGAAGAGGUAGUUAAAGGACACAAAGAGCAAAAGAAGGAGACCUCGGUGCCAACUAAGCUCCAUGGCGAUGAGGAAAGAACAGAGGGAAAGCUGAGGCCGGAGGAAGAAGGGAGGUCAGCACAUCAACCACUCCACCAUGGAAGAAGGGAGGAAGAGGACAGUGAGGAGGAGACUGAGAGGGAAGACGAGGAGGAAGACGAGAAGGAAGAGAAUGCCAUAAGAGGAGAUGUGUUCAGAAUGUCCUCUCGGUUAAUACCUGUAACCCCAAGAGGCAGGCCACGCCUGCCCAGAAGCUGUUCCCUGUCCUACAGGACUAUCAGCUGCGUUCAUGCAGAUUUCACUGAGAUCCCACCAAUAACAGCACCAGAAGUAACGAACCUGGAGCUGGUUGGGAAUUCAAUCAUCUCCAUUCCAGACGAAGCAUUUAAUGGAUUACCAAAUUUGGAAAGACUUGAUCUGAGCAGAAAUAAUAUCACUUCUUCCAGCAUAGGUCCAAAAGCUUUCAAGUCUUUGAAGAAGCUAACGCGUCUGAACAUGGAUGGAAAUAAUUUGGUACAUAUUCCUUCAGAAUUACCAUCUACACUAGAAGAACUUAAAAUAAAUGACAACAAUCUCCAGGCUAUUGAUGAGGAAAGUUUAUCAGAUUUAAAUCAACUUGUCACUUUAGAAUUGGAAGGAAACAAUCUCAGUGAAAUCAAUGUCAACCCUCUAGCUUUUAAAUCUUUGAAGAGCCUAUCAUAUCUACGUCUGGGAAAAAACAAAUUUAGAAUUAUACCACAAGGUCUUCCAGCUUCUAUUGAGGAGUUAUACCUGGAAAAUAAUCAAAUUGAAGAAAUAACUGAAAUUUGUUUCAAUCAUACCAGAAAGAUAACUAUGAUCGUACUACGUUAUAAUAAAAUAGAAGAAAGUCGGAUUGCUCCUUUAGCAUGGAUAAAUCAAGAGAAUCUUGAAUCUAUUGACCUGUCCUAUAACAAGCUCUACCACGUCCCCUCCUAUCUACCCAAAUCACUUCUGCACCUUGUCCUAAUUGGGAACCAAAUUGAUCGGAUCCCUGGCUAUGUGUUUGGCCACAUGGAACCAGGCCUGGAGUACUUGUACCUGUCAUUUAACAGACUUUCUGAUGAUGGUGUGGACCUAGUCUCAUUCUAUGGGGCAUAUCAUUCUCUGAGAGAAUUAUUUCUGGAUCACAAUGACUUCAAAUCCAUACCACCUGGAAUACAAGACAUGAAAGCACUGCAUUUUCUGAGACUGAACAACAAUAAGAUUCGGAAUAUUCUUCCUGAACAAAUCUGUAAUGUUGAAGAGGAUGAGGAUUCAGCUCUUGAACAUCUUCAUCUUGAAAACAAUUAUAUUAGAACUAGAGAGAUAUCAUCCUAUGCAUUUUCAUGUAUACGAUUGUAUUCAAGUAUUGUUCUUAAACCACAACGCAUCAAAUAAUUUCAAGUUUCCCUUUGCCAUUUAUAAAUUUUAACCAAGCAUUAAC